AUGCCUGGUUGGAAUAGGUCUAUCGGGUUGGAAUGUAGAAUGGGUCUGACAAAUUGUAAUAAACUUGCUGGUUGGAAUGGACCAGUCAGGUUUGAUUGGAGCUGCCACGGCGGAAUUGGCUGCGAGGUUGAAAUAGGCUGUGAGGUUGGAAUCGCCCCGACAGGUUUGAAUGGGCCGUCAUACUGGAAUUUGUUACCAGCUGUGUUCGAUGAAGACUGUGAAGAGAGGUUUGGUGCGGGUUUCGCCCACACAUGUGCCUCUAUAGUCGUCUGUCUACCAAACAAAUAUAUAUGUGAUGGUUACCAACAAUGCCCGGAUGGAAGUGAAGAAACGGAGGUGCCUUGGUAUGACCCUAAUGGAUGUGGUGGAUUGUAUCGAGAUGCUCCCUAUCGGUGUGAACAUAAAUGUAUUCGUAAAAAUCAAUUUUGUGAUGGAUUUAUAGAAUGUCCAAACGGUUUGGAUGAAAUAGACUGUGGGUAUGGUGAGGUUGAUCAGAAUGGAUGCAGAAAACCAGAUCACAUUGGUAAAUCUGGUCCCUGUUGGGAAACACUAAAAGAACAGAUAUUGGAAGCCCAGAACUACUUUCGUUGUCUUCAUGGUAUCGAUGCGCUGUUAUGGGAUACUCGUGCCGAGAAGUUUGCAGAAAGAGUAUCCAAAGACAACGCCGCCAAUGGUAGACUUGAGCAUGCGCACAACAAUGCAUAUGGCGAAAACGUUGCUAUGAAGAGUGUAGUAAAUAAAGAGGAAAUAACAGGUUAUGGUUUUGCUAAAAUGUGGUACGAUGAAAUCCAGUUUUACGAUUGGAAUAAUCCACACUUUGCAUCAGAAACAGGACAUUUUACGCAAGAAGUGUGGAAGUCAUCGCGUCGUGUCGGAUGUGGUUUCGCAGAAGCACGUGACGAACAGAACAUUAUUUACUAUUUUAUCUAA